AUGUUUUUCUCGUUCGUUCGCAGAAAGGACAACGUUUUGAAACUACUUGUUUCCGUCUUGAAGAUCUUAGAAAUAUUACGUUCAAUUACUGAUAUCUGUCUGUCUGUCUGUCUGUCUAUCUAUCUAUCUUAUCUGUUCACGUCUAUCUCUCUACCUAUCUUAUCUGUUCACAUCUCUCUAUCUAUCUUAUCUGUUCACAUCUAUCUAUCUAUCUUAUCUGUUCACAUCUAUCUAUCUAUCUAUCUAUCUAUCUAUCUUAUCUGUUCACAUCUAUCUAUCUAUCUUAUCUGUUCACAUCUAUCUAUCUUAUUUGUUCACAUCUAUCUAUCUUAUCUGUUCACAUCUGUCUAUCUAUCUAUCUCAUCUGUUCAGGUCUAUCUAUCUAUCUAUCUAUCUAUCUAUCUAUCUUAUCUGUUUACGUCUAUCUAUCUAUCUUAUCUGUUCACAUCUAUCUAUCUAUCUUAUCUGUUCACAUCUAUCUAUCUAUCUUAUUUGUUCACAUCUAUCUAUCUUAUCUGUUCACAUCUAUCUAUCUCUCUGUUCACAUCUAUCUAUCUAUCUACCUUAUCUGUUCACAUCUAUCUAUCUAUCUACCUUAUCUGUUCACAUCUAUCUAUCUUAUCUGUUCACAUCUAUCUAUCUAUCUAUCUAUCUAUCUAUCUGUUCACAUCUAUCUAUCUAUCUAUCUAUCUAUCUAUCUAUCUAUCUAUCUAUCUAUCUAUCUAUCUCUCUAUCUCAUCUCUUCACAUCUAUCUAUCUAUCUAUCUAUCUAUCUAUCUAUCUAUCUAUCUAUCUUAUCUCUUCAGAUCUAUCUAUCUAUCUAUCUAUCUAUCUAUCUAUCUUAUCUCUUCACAUCUAUCUAUCUAUCUAUCUAUCUAUCUAUCUAUCUAUCUAUCUAUCUUAUCUCUUCACUUCUUUUUUCUAAUGGACGUAUAUAAAAAUCUGUUCUCAUCUAUCUAUCUAUCUAUCUAUCUAUCUAUCUAUCUAUCUAUCUAUCUAUCUAUCAUAGUCUCUCCCUAUCCGUAG